GGCCCACUGGUCCUGUGGGAGGACACACCAAGCACUAUAUAAAAGUCCUUCAUCUUGCUAUGCUCCACAAUCCACGUUCUUGGUUGAAUCUUGUUGAACAUCAGGUUCUACGAAUCACCUUAGUAUGUCCAGUGAUCAGCAGUACAAGCAGCCAUGUGCACCCCCACCAAAUCUUCAAAAGACCCAACAGCAGUGUCAGGCACAGGCUGAAGUAGUGUGCAUCCCCCAAGACCAGGGCUGUUGCCAAAAGAACCUGGGACAAGAUCAAGAAGUAUGUGUCUCUCAGUGCCCAGAGUUAACCCAAGAAAACUGCCCACAGCAAGUCCAAGAUCUGUGCCAAAACCAGUGUCAACCUCAGUGUAUGGAGCCAUGCCAGGAGCUAGCCCAGGAAAAAUGUGUGGAGGUGAGCCCACAGAAAGUGCAGGAGAAGUGUUCACCCACUGACAAGGUGAACUAGCUGCUCAUAAGCCAUGUGGGAUCAAGAAGACCAAAGGAUGAAAACCCAAUCCCAACCCCAACUCUGAUAACCCUUUUCCUUUGUAUACAGUGUACUUCUUGCCUCUUGGCUUCCUCAGUACUCCAGGACUUGGUCUCUGAAGACAGUUUUUGCUGUAUUUUAUUAACCUCUCUGAAUAAGUAUUGCUCUCAGCAGCCUGGUAGAAGAUCUCAAAUGUAGGACUGGUGUGGUUAUCAAGGAGACCACCAAAGCCUAAUACAGCUCUGUUGGGGCAAAAUUGGAUCAAGCCCUUGGUAUGUAAUGAUGAAGGAUGACUUUGCUCAUCUUUUAUAAUAUCAAAAUCUUAUUCAAACUUCACAACCAUCUGACUGAUAGACUUUGUGUUUAUCAUCACUGCUACAACUAUGAAUGUUAAGAGGUUGGAUAUGAUGAGAAAACCAAAACUUGGGUACUUUUUUCUCUGCCCCUAACAGAGACAAUGAUUGGGCACUGCCAUGUUUGUUACGCUUUUUUAAAAUGAAACAAAAUUAUGUAAACGAUUGAGUUUAAACAGCCAAUAAGGAAAGGCAAGAUGGAAUCUUGCCUUUGUGCUUCCUAGCUAGUCUGCUUGAGGACCUUUGUUUUCAUCAUGUACACUCUGCAGAGAUAUGAUUUGUGGCUCUGUGAUACAAGCUGGUCUGUUUUCCAGCUUCCUCACCUUCUUCUCCCUGGUGAAGGUGAAAUACAUAAUAAAGCUGUUCCUAAGGCUGA